UGUUUCCCCGUUCACCCGGGGCGGUGCGGGCACGGGAGGCUGGCCCGGCCCCGCCGUGACCUGGAAGGGAAGCGGCGUCACCGGGAUCGACUUCCCGGGGCCGGGCGGGGCCGGCAUGGAGCGGGCGGGCGGCAGGCUGUAGCUGAUGCCCAGGCCCCCCUGGAAUGAUGCCGUCCAGGACCAAUCUCUCCGCUGGGAUCCCCAGUAGCAAAGUCAAAUAUUCCAAACUCUCCAGCACCGACGAUGGAUACAUUGACCUGCAGUUCAAGAAGAGCCCACCCAAAAUCCCCUACAAGGCCAUCGCACUGGCUGUGGUGCUCUUCAUGAUCGGGACCUUCCUCAUCAUCAUCGGAGCCCUGCUGCUGGCAGGGUACAUCAGCAAAGGGGAGACCGAGCGGGCCAUCCCCGUGCUGAUCAUCGGCAUCCUGGUGUUCCUGCCCGGCUUCUACCACCUGCGCAUCGCCUACUACGCCUCCAAGGGCUACCGGGGCUACUCCUACGACGACAUCCCCGACUUCGACGACUGAACUGUUAAUUAACCCCGCUCUAAUUAGGCUGCUCACAGCUGGUAGUUCCCCCGGGUGCUGGCGGGGCACGGCUGAGCGUCCCUGGGCGGCGCCGCGUCCCGGCCUCGAGGUGUUGCAGGUUCUCCAGUUUUGGGGGUUGGGGGUUCCAGCCUGGAAUUGACCAAAAGGAAUUGAAAAGAACUUGGGAUUUAUGGGAUUUUUGUUUUUUUCCUCAUGGGUUUUUUUCUGGCCUCGAGGAGUUGCAGGUUCUCCAGUUUGGGGGUUGGGGGGUCCAGCCUGGAAUUGACCAAAAGGAAUUGAAAAGAACUUGGGAUUUAUGGGAUUUUUGUUUUUUUCCUCAUGGGUUUUUUUCUGGCCUCGAGGAGUUGCAGGUUCUCCAGUUUGGGGGUUGGGGGGUCCAGCCUGGAAUUGACCAAAAGGAAUUGAAAAGAACUUGGGAUUUAUGGGAUUUUUGUUUUUUUCCUCAUGGGUUUUUUUCUGGCCUCGAGGAGUUGCAGGUUCUCCAGUUUGGGGGUUGGGGGGUCCAGCCUGGAAUUGACCAAAAGGAAUUGAAAAGAACUUGGGAUUUAUGGGAUUUUUGUUUUUUUCCUCAUGGGUUUUUUUCUGGCCUCGAGGAGUUGCAGGUUCUCCAGUUUGGGGGUUGGGGGGUCCAGCCUGGAAUUGACCAAAAGGAAUUGAAAAGAACUUGGGAUUUAUGGGAUUUUUGUUUUUUUCCUCAUGGGUUUUUUUCUGGCCUCGAGGAGUUGCAGGUUCUCCAGUUUGGGGGUUGGGGGGUCCAGCCUGGAAUUGACCAAAAGGAAUUGAAAAGAACUUGGGAUUUAUGGGAUUUUUGUUUUUUUCCUCAUGGGUUUUUUUCUGGCCUCGAGGAGUUGCAGGUUCUCCAGUUUGGGGGUUGGGGGGUCCAGCCUGGAAUUGACCAAAAGGAAUUGAAAAGAACUUGGGAUUUAUGGGAUUUUUUUCCUCUUGGGGUUGCAUAAUUCCGUUCUUCCUGGGCGAGGCAAUCCUUGCAAUUUUCCAAAAAUAGAUGAGCUGGUUUCAGCUGCAGAUAUUUGUUUUUUCUCUAAGUGUUUUCUAGAAUUUAUUUUAGCUUUCCAUGAGGCUGUGGUUAUUGUUGGGUUACCUUUGCAGAUAGACCAUCAUUAAAUUCUCCUUUUGCUCUCUGUCCAUCAGAAAUGCUUCCAAACCACUGGUCCUGCAGUAAAUAAAGUCUGAUGAGAGUGGGAAAGCAGCACUUGCAGGAAGGGAUUUCCACCUCCACAGACUGGCCAAGCUCACUUCCCCACCAACAAACUCCUCCUCCCCGAGCGAGCUUUCCCCGUGCCACUGCUGCUGUUGGCAAAAUCUGCUUAUCCUUCACAGGGACUGGUGCUGGAGUUUGCUUGUCAUUUAAACAACCAGAUGGAUACUGGGAGAGGGAUUGGAACCCAGACUCCAGUGUCUAAAUACCAAACAUCUUGGGCUUGACUGAUGUGGGUAUUGGAGACACUUGAACUCCAGCUGUCUGUCUUCUGGAGUCCUUUUGUCCUUGUGUAGAUAAUUUGCUGUGCAGACCUGCCCAGGCCAGUGAAGAGAAGUUCUGUGUGUAGUUUGUGCUGACCAAAGCCCCUCUGGAUUGCUUUGCCAGCUUUGCUGAUGUGGCAUUCAGGGAAAGCAGAGUGGUGGCUCCACUUCUGUGAGGUCAGACCAGGCUGUGUCCUGGACAACGAGCAGCCAUGCAAGUGGAUGCAUUUAACAUGAAUAAAGUUCUGUAUUCUCUGUAA